CAAGACCAUGCAUCAAACAACUAACCUCUUAUCCUCUGCCCCCACCCUGCAUUAUAGCAGAGUCACUCUGUUUCCUACAAUGCCAUCAUCAUCCUCUUUGCUCAAAAUGCUUCAUCUCUUCUCUCUUCUUGUCCUGUCACUCACCAUUUGUUCUUGUGCUCAGGGUCCACCUUCAACUGGCUACUACCUCAGUUCCAAGAUUAUUCCUGUUAGCUUUAGUCAAGGCUUUAGAAACCUUUGGGGACCUCAGCACCAGAAGCUGGACCAGGGUUCAUUGACAAUAUGGCUUGACUCUAACUCAGGAAGUGGAUUCAAGUCACUUCAGUCUUAUCGAUCUGGAUACUUUGGUGCUGCAAUUAAGCUUCAACCUGGUUAUACUGCAGGAGUCAUUACAUCUUUAUAUCUUUCAAACAACCAAGACCACCCGGGAAACCAUGAUGAAAUUGACAUUGAGUUCCUUGGUACCACACCGGGGAAGCCAUAUGUGUUGCAGACAAAUGUAUACAUAAGAGGAAGUGGAGAUGGGAACAUUGUAGGAAGAGAGAUGAAGUUUCACCUUUGGUUUGACCCAACACAAGAUUUUCACAACUAUGCCAUUCUUUGGAAACCCAGUGAGAUCAUAUUUUUUGUGGAUGAUGUCCCCAUAAGAAGGUAUCCUAGGAAGAGUGAUGCCACAUACCCCACAAGGCCAAUGUAUGUGUAUGGAUCUAUAUGGGAUGCAUCUUCAUGGGCAACAGAGGAUGGAAAAUACAAAGCCAAUUAUAACUACCAACCUUUCAUUGGUAGGUACAAAAACUUCAAAUUACAAGGUUGUACCGCUGAAAGCCCUGCCUGGUGCAAACCACCCUCAGCCUCUCCAUCUGGCUAUGGAAGCCUGAGCUCCCGACAGUUUUCAGCCAUGCAAUGGGCCCAAAACAACUACAUGGUCUAUAAUUACUGCCAUGAUCCUAGAAGAGACCACACACUCAUCCCAGAGUGCUAGGUUAAAAUGAAUUUUAUAUAUAUAUAAAUAUGCAGUCAAUUUUUAGUCCCGUCUAUCUGCAAUAAAAUAAUUUCAGUCACUAGAUGAAAAUUGAACGGUUCGGAUGAAAUCAGAAUCGUCUCAUCUUUAUUCUACCGCUGAGAUUUUUUAACUGCAGCAGUUGUACUAAAAGUUGACUGCAGACGAGCUAGAUAUCUAUCAUUCUUAAAGCUUGAUAUCUACACACUCUUUAACAAAUUGUUUAUAAUUGGUUUAUUUUUCAAAAAUGACAACACAAUUGUCGCCUAAAUUGAUCAUUUAAAAAAAAACAGGUGUUGACUUUAUGAAAAAAAUAACCAAUUAUAUAGGAUGUGAUUAAAAGAGUGUGUUACUAGUAUACUUUAUCAUACUUACAAAAUAGUACAUUCAGGGGGUGUUUUUUUGUGAUGGUCCCAGCUUGCUAAGUGUAAUUGCAAGAGCAGUUGAACGUCCAAGCACCCCCACAAUGAUUGGAAUGUUUUUGUUGGUUGUGUGUUAGUGUUGUACUGUCCUAUAUAUAUUCCUGUUUCAAAUAAAUUGAUUUGGAUGCUUUCCUACAAA